AUGCCUGAGGAAUUGAGAGAGGCCCUUGUGGAAGGUUUGAUUGAUCAACAUACAAAUCAUUGGGAUCCCCAUAUUUUAACAGACUUAUUUGACCCGGAUGAUGUGGCUCGUAUUUCUAGAAUCCUGGUUAGUCCAGCAUAUGAGGACCCAUGGUAUUGGCUCAGUGACCCCAAAGGGAUAUAUACGGUUAAGAACGCUUAUAGGAGUAUUGUUGGUAACUAUGAUCAUGACCCAGGUGCUUUUGAUAAAUGGGUAACAUUAUGGAAGUUGAAGGUUCCACCAAAAUCGAAAACCUUCCUAUGUAGAGCUUUGUGUGAUGUUCUCCCCACCACUACUAACUUGCUUAUAAAGAGGGUUGAUGUGAACCCAACAUGCUCAAUGUGUGAUUUACAACAUGAAGAUGUUAUGCAUUCUCUUGUUCUUUGUGAAUACUCUAGACUUGUCUGGAAUGUUUCGGAAUUGCCUAUCACAAAUAUUUUAUCUAGCUCAUUUCCAGUAUGGCUUAUGGGUGCACUAAAUAUUUUAACAGAGGAACAAUGCAGUCAAUUUGUGGCCAUGCUUUACCAUUUAUGGAGUGCUCGAAACACUGCAGUAUGGGAGGGUACGCUAUUCCGCCCCGGACAGGUUUGGCGUCGAGCUGCUGCCGCAUUCCGCACGUAUGCACAUCUUCACCGACGUCACCCACACACGUCGGCACCAGUAGAAGCAUCUACAGGAACACAACAACGCCGGUUGAAGUGUUAUAUAGAUGCAGGCUAUUGGGCAUCGACCGGGGAAGCCACCUACGGCGUUGUUUUGGUCUCGCAAACUGGAACAUUCCAGGCCGCCACAAAUGGAUAG